AUGUUUCAAGAAAAAGAUGUUGGACAACCGAAACGGUGGGGUUGUCUAGUGGCGGUGUUUGUGAUCAUGACAGUGUUUAACAUCACGGUUGUAAUUAUUAUUAGAGGACUUCUGGAUACAGAAGAUGAGUACGACAAUCCACUCAUUCAAGGAGAAACGCGGGAAGAGUUGACUGCAUUUCUGGGUAUUUUUACCAUGACUUUCUUUUUCUGCUGCUGUGGAUGUUUUUGUUGCGGUUGUGCUUGUUGCAGAUGGUGCUUCUUCCAAUUCCCAUACGGAGUCUCCAGACUCUGGCGUGCCAUCCCUAACCUGUUUGUCAACAAUAUGGAUCACUUCCCGAUUCACAAGUUCAAAGACCAAGAAGAAGCGGCGCCAAACGAGGAUCAUGUGGCCAAUGCCAGAGGUGUUUUAUCAAAGAAGAUGGAUGAGAAGCAGUCAGACCGUUGUGCUUAUGAAAAUACCGGUUAUGUGGAUAUCAUUGAGAUGGACCGCUUUCCACAACAACCCCGUCUUAUUCUGCCACCUGCCGCUCAUGGCCGUCUUCGUUCCCAAAGUAUUGAUGUUUCAGUUAUUGUUUAA